UGGGAGGGUCUCAUUCCACUUCCAGCGCCCACUUUCAGCACACUCAUCCUGGACGCUACAGAGCGCACUCACACACUCGCACGGGCCUGUGCACUCAGAGCAGCAGGAGAAAGUGUGUGUUGCGUUGUGUGGUUGAGUGAUGGAUCUCGCGCAGUAGAACUUGUACAGACAGGAGCUGUUGGAAUGGCAAACUGCUCAGAAACGCUGCAAACUUCAGUCGUCUGAUCAACAUGUCUGAGGCUAUUUGCUGUACGGUGGUGAAUUGCAACUGUGACUGUUUCAUACCAGGUAAACUGAGGCGGCGACUCUGUGAGCACUGCAGACAUGGCUGGGUUGCCCACGCUUUAAGUAAACUGAAAGUUCAUCACAUGUACCAGGGGAGUCAGGUGGAGAUCGUUCACUCCAACGUGGUGUUUGACAUCUGUAGUCUGAUGCUUUAUGGGACCCAGGCAAUCCCAGUACGUCUAAAGAUCCUUCUGGAUCGACUUUUCAGUGUUCUUAAGCAGGAGGAGGUCAUUCAGAUUCUUAACGCACUGGACUGGACAUUACAGGACUAUAUUCGCGGUUAUGUCCUGCAGGAUGUGGCCGGUAAGGUAUUGGACCGCUGGGCCAUAAUGACUUUCGAAGAGGAGAUUGUUACGCUGCAGCAGUUUCUGCGUUUUGGAGAGACAAAGUCCAUUGUGGAGCUGAUGGCUCUGCAGGAUAAGGAAGGACAGGCAGUUGUUGUUCCAAGUACUCGAACCAAUUCUGACAUCCGCAGCUUCAUCGAAAGCAGCAUGCAGCGUUCUGUGCGACUGCCGGCGAAAGCAGAAUCACCCAGCUGUAGUAACGGGCAUCAUUUUGAGACUCUAGUGAACAGUAUGGCCCUCAUGCUUCCAAUGCAACUGCUGAAUUCUGUUCCAGUGCCGUUGCUGAGCUCCUGUAGUGAUUCCAGCUGCCAUGAGGCACAAACGAGGCAUGAGCCGUCAGAAGGAAGCCUCAGCAGCACUGCUCCGUUCAACAUGGGGCCUGUGAGGGCAGAGGUAAUGCUGGACGCAGAAUCUACAAAGAUAGAAGCAGAAGAGUUUAACGUGAGUGGAGACUCCUCUCCCUCCACCCCCUGUACGCCCUCCAUCACCUCUGAAAUCACACAGAUGUCCCCUGAGAACAGGAUGAGGUGUUCAGAGAGGAGCGGAAGCAUGAAGAAGGGUCGUGUGUUCUGCAGUGCCUGUGAGAAAACCUUUUACGACAAAGGCACGUUGAAGAUACAUUAUAAUGCUGUUCAUCUGAAGAUCAAACACAAGUGCACCAUUGAAGGCUGCAACAUGGUGUUCAGCUCCUUGCGCAGUCGGAACAGGCACAGUGCUAAUCCAAAUCCACGGCUGCACAUGCCGAUGAACCGCAAUAAUCGGGACAGGGACCUCCGGGGCGGUCUGAGCCCGAGGCAAGAGGAUGAUGGUGACGAUGAAAAGAGGGAGUUCGGAUCUGUCCCGGAAAGCAGGACCAUCUCGAGUUUCAUCAUCCGCAACUCCGAGCCAAAGCUGCACAGCUCUUUCUCAAGCAUGAGUCAGACUGGAAUCCUCUUUCCUAAUCUAAAGACCGUUCAGCCUGUACUUCCUUUUUACAGAAGCCUGGUGACUCCAGCGGAACUGGCUCAUACCCCUGGCAGCCUGCCCUCUCUCCCACUGCUGUCCUCCUCUGUUCCCAUCAAUGCCAGUAACGUGGAGACCAGCUCGGAGCCGGUGCCCAAGAAGAAGUCUAGAAAGUCCAGCAUGCCCAUCAAGAUCGAGAAAGAUGAGUUGGCAACAGUGGAGGAGAUGCCACCCCUCAGCCCCUGUACUGACACAGAAAGGUGUGAUGUCAUCAGCAUGGGGCGUGUAACGCCUGGAGAACCUGUGGACUGUGACGUUCGUAAUCAAUUGAGCCACAACUUGCUUAACACAGAGCUGGAGAUCAGUCAUAUCCUCUCGCAGUCUUCUCCUUCUCGCUAUAACACCAAACAGAAGGAGAAUGAAUGGUCUGGUGAGAAAGAACGGGGGUCCCCAGAAUCUGAGCCCCCAUGCAGUUCACGACCAGACCAACCCUGUGGUCACAAUUGUGAAGAGAGAGGGCACAGAUUGACAAAUUUAGCAUUGCACAGAAACAUCACAAGCAACAGUGAAAACUGUGUAGAUGGCUGCAGUGACCCAGAGACCAUGUGCACAGAUGAUAUAGAAGAUGCGUCCCACCCAUGUGAGAUCUGCAAUAAGACUUUCAAAAACGCUUAUAGUGUAAAAAUGCAUUAUCGGAACGUGCACUUGAAGGAGAUGCACAUGUGCACUGUGGACGGCUGCAAUGCUGCGUUUCCCUCCCGUCGCAGCAGGGACCGACACAGUGCAAACCUGAAUCUGCACCACAGGCUGUUGACCACAGAUCAUUCAGGAACACCUUCUCUUCGCAGAGAACAUCCAGACGUCCCUCAUAAAGAGUCCCUGAGCCAGAUGUCUGUCAUCUUUAAAGGGAGUAACCGCACAGGCCUUGUGUUCCCCAUGAGUAAAUCAAUGGAGAGAGCAGAUGAGCCAGUAGAGGACGCAGUGGAGGAAGAAGCCGUAUUAGACCUGAGCACCAGAGGAAGUGCGCACUCUUCAUGGGACUCCGAUGUGGGCAGCGAGGAAGGGCUCCCUCUAGAGGACAGUGAAGAGAGUUGCGAUGGAAUGAGUGUUGAUGCGUCCACAUCUCCUCCGUGCCUCAGCCAGCAAUCUCUCAGCUCAUCACCCAUCACCUGCCAUAUGUGUCAAAAAGUUUACAGCAACAAAGGCACGUUCAGGGCUCAUUAUAAAACAGUGCACCUUCGCCUCCUUCACAAGUGCAAAGUUCCAGGAUGUGAUACUACAUUCUCCUCUGUUAGAAGCCGCAACAGACACAGUCAGAAUCCAAAUUUACACCGUAACCUUGCAAUGAAUACCUCCCUCAAACAGGAGUAGGUCAAACAUAUUACUCACACAUAUAUACACAGAGCCAUAUUCUCAUAAAUCUAGUCAUAGAGUCACUCUUGUCCAAUAAGGUUCAAAAGUGCUCUUUAUACUAUGUACUGCACAUUCAAGUGUAAUGUACAUAACUGGAAAGAAACAUCCAUUAAGGACAUGUUCAGAUAUGUUCUUCAUCUCAAACGUAAUGACUACUUAGGACCCUUCCCUUGUAUUUAUUGACUUUUACAGAGCAAGAUAGACACAGAUAUUCCAUAUAGUUUCUCACAUUGUGGGUUAUGAGGUGGCAAGUUUUCCAUAUAAAAUAAUUAUUGCUAUUCGAAGUGAAAAAGACACUGUCCAACACAUGAGAAAGCAUAUGCAGAACCAAAACUUUCCUUGCUGUUAUAUUUGAAUUCCCCCCAUUCUUUAUCCAAAGCCACAUAAAGGCCAUGUAUUGAUAUCCAUCCCUGCACUUAUUCAUUGAGGGAACACAUCUUUCUUCAGCAUGGGACUUCAGACAGAACAUUGAUCGAGCAUGAGAGAGUGAGUGAUUGAGUGAGAGAGAGAGAGAGCAUCAGUGUUAAAGUGAGUGUUGAAGGAGAAUAAACUGUUUGACUGAUGGUGCAGGGCUCACCUCAUCAUUUACUGCAGUGAAGUUUCUUGUAGUAUACAAAUAUGUUGAUUUGCUGUUCUGUUUUUAUUACAAAGCAAUCAGUAAAGAUUUUGUAGCCAUUUGAAUCAAUGUGGUCUUUUAAGAGCGGCUGUUGUGUUCAGUAAGUUAUUGUGUGUAUGUUUUAUCUUGUUUAAUUUGUUAUUCUUGUGGAGACCAAAGAUUCUUAAUCCAGGAUGGUGUGUGAAGCAGCACAAGCAACUAGUACAUGCAAAUGUUUUAGAAACUUCAGUCUGCACACCAUAGUGCCUGUGAAUGCUUUAGCACAGGCUACUCUGAAGACAUUUGAAAACAUUCUUACAGUAUAUACACACUGGUGUUGCUUUGCUUUUAUUUUAUGAAGCACAUGAUGCUUUAGCAAGUUCUGGUUUAAUGACAUUGGGCUGAAAAAGCAAAUUAAGACAUUCUGUAGUUAUGCACAUACAUAAAAGAGUCUUACACUGGCAGAGCAACAAACCCAACACAAGCACACACAUCAAUGGUACAUUUCUUUCUGUUUAACUGUAUGUUUUAUGUAUACUGUAUAAUAAUUUGUAACCUAAAAGAAAAAUAUGUGUGCUGUAACUAAAGCAUUCUGUUUACUGUUCCAGAUUUGCAUCAAUUUUAAAAUGAUGUCAGAAAUGUUUGACUUUGAUAAGCAGGAUUAACCAUGUUAAAAUACAGAUCAAUACCUAACCCAUUUAUUCAUGUUCUAUUGAAUAUUUUUUGUCUGUGUUAAUAAACAAUUAUUUAAAAACAUCGUUAAU